AUGAUAAAAUUUAUGGAUUUGCAAUCCCUAAAAUAAAAUACCCUUUAAAAAAGAAUGCAUUAUCAAAAUAAUUAUUAAAUUGAAAUGAAUUAGUCAAUAAGUGAAUUAGCAGCUUCAAAAAUAAUACUUAGAUCAUCAACUAUAAGAACAUUUUGA